AUGCCGGCCAAAACCCCCAUGUACCUGAAGACCCCCACUGACCGCAGGGGCCGUAAGCUGAGGCUGCGGGACGUCCUGUCCGGGGACAUGAUCAGCCCUCCUCUGGGGGACGUCCGCCACAGCGCACAUAGCUCAGACCGCCCUCCACACGGGGGCGCUGAGGCACUGACGCACAGAGCUGUUUCCGGGUGCGGUGUUCAGUGUCACAGAUGCACAAACUUUAACUUUGUGUUUUUACAAAUCUGUGUGCGGUGUGCGCGCUCAGACAGAGGAGGAGAGAGGAGGACCAGAGGAGGACCAGAGGAGGACCAGAGGAGGACCAGAGGAGGACCAGAGGAGGACCAGAGGAGGACCAGAGGAGGACCAGAGGAGGACCGCAGGAGGAGAGAGGCCAAGAUGAAGUUGAACAUCGAUGGUUUGCUCGUCUACUUCCCGUACGACUACAUCUACCCAGAGCAGUACUCCUACAUGCUGGAGCUGAAGAGGACGCUGGACGCCAAGGGCCACGGUGUUCUGGAGAUGCCCUCAGGGACCGGAAAGACCAUCUCUCUCCUCUCACUGAUUGUUGCAUAUCAAAGGGCCUUUCCUCUGGAGGUGACCAAGCUCAUCUACUGCUCCAGGACGGUCCCAGAGAUCGAGAAGGUCGUGGAGGAACUGCGGAAGUUGAUGGAGUUUUACAGCAAACAAACAGGAGAGACCAACAACUUCUUGGCUCUGGCGCUGUCCUCCAGAAAGAACCUCUGUAUCCACCCAGAGGUCAGCGCCCUUCGCUUCGGUAAAGAGGUGGAUAACAAGUGCCACAGUCUGACGGCCUCCUACAUCAGAGCCCAGCGCCACAACAACCCCAACCAGGCCACCUGCCGCUUCUACGAGGAGUUUGACGCAGUAGGCCGGCAGGUGCCUCUUCUCGCUGGGGUCUACAACCUCGACGACCUGAAGGAACACGGACGCAGGAAAGGACACUGCCCCUACUACACGGCUCGCUACGCGAUCCUCCACGCCAACAUCGUGGUCUACAGCUACCACUACCUCCUGGACCCCAAGAUCGCAGACCUGGUCUCCAAGGAACUGGCCAAGAAGUCUGUGGUGGUGUUCGACGAGGCCCACAAUAUAGACAACGUUUGCAUCGACUCCAUGAGUGUGAACAUCACCCGCAGGACCUUGGACCGCUGCCAGACCAACGUGGACACACUGCACUCCACCAUCCAGAAUAUAAAGGACACAGACGCAGCUCGCCUCACAGAGGAGUACAGACGGAUGGUGGAGGGUCUGAAGGAGGCGAAUGUGGCCCGAGAGACAGACGUGUACAUGUCAAACCCUGUGCUCCCCGACGAGAUACUCAAAGAGGCGGUCCCUGGCUCCAUCCGCACUGCAGAGCACUUUGUGUGUUUCCUGCGGCGCUUCACUGAGUACCUGAAGUCCAGACUGAGGCUGCAGCACGUGGUGCAGGAGAGCGCUCCUCAGUUCCUCAAAGACAUCUUUGACAAAGUCUGCAUCGACAGGAAGCCACUCAGGUUCUGUGCGGAGCGGCUGCAGUCUCUCCUGCGGACAUUAGAGAUCUCAGACAUCGCAGACUUCUCGGCCGUCACGCUCAUCUCUAACUUUGCGACUCUGGUCAGCACCUACAGCCAAGGAUUCACCAUCAUCAUCGAGCCGUUUGAAGACCGCACCCCGACGAUCGCCAACCCAGUGCUGCACUUCAGCUGCAUGGAUCCCUCCAUCGCCAUCAAACCAGUUUUCCAGAGGUUUCAGUCGGUCAUCAUCACCUCAGGGACGCUCUCUCCUCUGGACAUCUAUCCACGGAUUCUGGACUUCCGACCCGUUACCAUGGCGUCCUUCACCAUGACACUGGCCCGGACCUGUCUCUGUCCCCUGAUUGUGGGUCGAGGGAAUGACCAGGUGGCUCUGAGCUCCAAGUUUGAGACGCGAGAAGACAUAGCGGUCAUUCGUAACUACGGCAACCUGCUGCUGGAGAUGUCCGCCAUCGUCCCGGACGGCAUCGUGGCCUUCUUCACCAGCUACAUCUACAUGGAGAACAUCGUGGCCUCCUGGUACGAGCAGACCAUCCUGGAGAACAUCCAGAGGAACAAACUGAUCUUCAUAGAGACUCAGGACGCAGCAGAAACCAGUCUGGCUCUGGAGAAGUUCCAGGAGGCCUGUGAGAACGGCAGAGGGGCCAUCCUGCUCUCUGUGGCCCGGGGGAAGGUCUCUGAGGGCAUCGACUUUGUUCAUCACUUCGGUCGAGCGGUCAUCAUGUUCGGAGUUCCCUAUGUUUACACACAGAGCCGCAUCCUCAAGGCUCGGCUGGAGUACCUGAGAGACCACUUCCAGAUCAGAGAGAACGACUUCCUGACGUUUGACGCCAUGAGACACGCCGCUCAGUGUGUGGGGCGGGCCAUCAGGGGCAAGACGGACUAUGGACUCAUGGUGUUCGCAGACAAGCGUUAUGCUCGGGCUGAUAAAAGAGGGAAGCUCCCUCGCUGGAUCCAGGAGCACAUCAGUGACGGGAGCCUCAACCUCACGGUGGACGAGAGCGUGCAGCUCGCUAAACACUUCCUCAGGCAGAUGGCCCAGCCCUUCAGACAGACAGGUGAGGGGGGGGAGGCCCUUCAGACAGGUGAGGGGGGAGAGGGGGGGGAGGCCCUUCAGACAGGUGAGGGGGGAGAGGGGGGUGAGGCCCUUCAGACAGGUGAGAGGGGGGUGAGGCCCUUCAGACAGGUGAGGGGGGAGAGGGGGGUGAGGCCCUUCAGACAGGUGAGGGGGGAGAGGGGGGAGACAGGCCCUUCAGACAGGUGA